GUACAGUACUUGUAGAGUAACGCUUUGAACGUUUAGUUUUACAAACAUAAAAACUAAAAGGUAUCUAUCUAUCUUUACACAUCCUAAUACCGUAAUGACAAUACGAUACUGUAAUUAAAUUUUAUACCUCUGCUGAUCUACUGUUACCAAUUACGUUAAAAAUGUAUGUGUAUGGAUAUAAAAAUCAUUCUGUGCAUGGAUGGAACGGUGUGGACGUCAUGGUCAGCGGGCAGCUUCAGUAUGGUGUGGUGAUAAACGCAGUGGAGAACGGUUUGAUAAUUGAUUUUGGCUGCGCCGGACACCGGUCCGAGCUAGUGCAAUAUGGAAAAAUCUUCGACUGUUCCGAAGCAUUUCUAUCCGAAGAAAACUGGAAUAAAGAGCUGGGUGGUGAUUUGGCUGACGUGCAAGUUCUCCUGCGAGCUCGUCCGAAUCGUCCGUGGACAUGGUACCCAGCAAAGCUUUUGCCUGUUAGUGGUGACUUGGAUUUUGACGUUGCAGUGUACGGGUUUGUGGAGAUCGAUCUGGAUGGCCUUACCACCAAAGAAAUCGUUCUCGAUUCACAGAUUCGUGUGCCGCCCACCGCGAAGGAUAUGGAAAAGAGACUUAUUAAACAGAAUGAGUACGUGACGAGAUCUUGCUCGUUGCCCAGUAGUUACUGGACGUCGAUAUCGUCCUUGUUGUGUGACGAGUUCCAGCGAGAAGUAGAACGGCGACUUAAGGUGUGUGUGAUCAGUGUUCUCAGCGAAACGCUCAUCUAUCUUCAGCGCUCGGAACAGGCUGCUAUAAAACCUGCACAACUGGAGGAAAUAUUUAAGAAAAGCAAGCAACGCGCAGAAAACAACGCUGAAGUGAGAGAACGUUUUGGAAAACGGCUCCGACUGGCCAGAACGUCUGCAAAAAAAGUUACCAAACGAUUUAGCGUUAAACCGGAAGUGAAACUUCCAUUGGGUAUUUUGAAUGAGGUUUUCAAAUGCCUUCGCACCAUAGAUCGGAUCCGGUGUCGUCGCGUAUGCGCCUUGUGGAAUUCGUUAUUGACUUCAGGUGAUAACCUCAAGGAUGUGCGAGUAUCCUGGGAAGAAGAAAAUUUCUCGCCUUUUCCGGAUUACAAUUGGUCUUCUCUGUAUGCGAUCGCCGGUUGUUUCUUAAAAUCCUUGAGCAAAACCACGGAAAGAAUAGUUAUAAGUGAUAUGGACGCAGUUACCCGGGACAUAUUUCCGCUGGUUGCAAGGUUGCUGCGAGACUCGCGCAUUAAGACGUUGACUUACUUUAAAUCGAAAAUAUUUCUGGAAGAGCCGGUGAGACAUUAUCUUUCUGGUCUGGCGGCGGAUUAUUCCAAUGUUGCGAAGUUUUGCAGCGUGGUGAUAUGGAGGCAUUGUUGGAUCUCUGAUGGGAAGGUUGCUGCAUCCGUUGGCAAGGCAGUAAUCAGGCUUGAUUCACCCCAUUUAGAAGCCGAUUUGUGGGGUAUUUUUGAGCGUAAUCUGGAGUUAACAUCGGAGCUGGAUGUGAAGCGAAUUUCGCAAUGGAUCGCCGAAUCGGUCUCUGCAAAAAACGAUUACGUGCUUGACGAAGUCGCAAUGGUCCUUAAUGACUAUCAAAGUUGUGAUCCGCGUGCAGUUACCCAGUUUGGCGGUCACGACUGGACGGCGGAAAAUUUGAACGAUUUGGAUGUAACGAAAUUUAGUAAGUUGACUUUGUGCGCCCUGAAUUCAUGCAUGCCAUCGGUAUCGUCGAGCGCAUGGUGAGAGGUGCUGACCAGGACGGCACGGAUGAGAAGACUAAGGAAGGAUAUGGAAACUGCACACUUCACAAAUGCUUAUUUUACGGCUUUCCAAACGCAAAAUAUUUUACCUAGUACAGUACAGUUCCAUGUCAGAUCACUCGCUGGUGAUGAGACUUGGUUUGACUGCCAAAGUUCAGUAAGGAGACGAUGUGUUGAAAAGCGUCAGCUGUUGUUGUAAACUUUUGUUGCAUUUUUGAUUCGUAUUAAUCUGGGCUAUGCAGCUGCUUUCAUUUUAUGCGCUUUCAUUUUUGCUGUGUUCUUUCUUGACUGUGAGAUCCGAUAAUCCUAUCACUCCUCUGCACUUAUAGUUAGGGAAGACUACGGUGAAUCUCUGAGUGAAAUAACAAUAAAUUUGUAAUGUAUAACCGGAUAGCAUCCGCAGAUUCUGCUGGGCA